UAAAACCUGUGUCGUUCUGAACUGUGGCUCAUUGUGUGUAAAGCAGAUGCAGUGAGUGUACUUCAGGGGGAAAAUGAGAGUAUACGUGUUGAUUGUGCUCUGGUGUGUUUUUCCAGAUUCCUUCAGUAAAGGUAGAGUAUUAACCCAGGAGCUGAAGGUGGACGUGGAAUUUCCUGGAGAUGAUUUUCUACAGAUUUACUCCCCAGACGUCCAGCACUGUCAGCUUGCCUGCACACAACACCCUUCCUGCUUAUUCCUGCUCCGAACGGAUCACAGAGAAAAAGAUUUUUUUAAUGGCUCAAGAUCAGUUGUAGCACAGACGGGUGUGACCUCAGGCUUCAAACUUGUGCAUCAGGACAACAAAACAGAUACCUGUUUGUCAUCUACAUAUCAGGGCAUAGAUUUCACAGGAUCAGACUAUGUCCAAUUGACCUUAAAUACUUCUGAUGACUGCCAGAAGCAAUGCACCAGCGAUCCAGACUGUGCUUUUUUUUCAUUCACAACAAAGACUUUCCCGGAUGCAGAAAGCAGGAACAAAUGCUUCCUAAAAUUCUGCUGGACUGUUCCAACCCCAUCAGUACUCAUAAAAACACCUGGUCUUGUGUCAGGGUUUUCAGAUGCAUCGUAUAAGACUAAAGAAGAUUGUAAGGAGGAGAUCUUUGCUAACGUAAACUACAGAGGCAAUGGCAUUGAGAAGAUCCCUGCUGCCUCACCUCAACACUGUCAGUUCCUGUGUAACAAACAUCCCCGCUGCACACAUUUCACCUACACAACAUCCAACUAUUCUACUGAUCCUGAGAUCAAUAUGCAUUGCUACCUGAAGCAUUCACAAAAUGUAAGCCAGCUAGUGCAAGAAGAAAUGUUUUCUGGAUUUCCAACACGGAAUUGCACGCCCUCAAAUGUUUGGGCAACAGCACGCUAUGAAGGCCUUCACUUCUUGGGCCAUGAUUAUCGUGAUUUUAAAACGGAUUCAUCUGAGCUCUGCCGAGAAACGUGUACAAAAGACCCAAACUGCCAUUUUUACACUUAUGCCCUACCUUAUUACCAUGAUGAGAAUAUCAGGUACAAAUGCUUCCUGAAAUACCGCUGGACUGUUCCAACCCCAACAGAAUUCAUAGAAAUACCUGGUCUUGUGUCAGGGUUUUCAGAUUCAUUGUAUAAGACUAAAGAAUAUUGUAAGGAGGAAUUCAUUGAGAACAUACACUACAGAGGAAAUGACAUUUAUAAUGUCCCUGCUGCCUCACCUCAACACUGUCAGUUCCUGUGUAACACACAUCCCCGCUGCACACAUUUCACCUACACAACCUCCAACUAUUCGACCGAUCCUGAGAUCAAUAUGCAUUGCUUCCUGAAGUAUAUUCAAGAUGUAAGCCAGUUAGAGCCCGAUAGAGAAGAAGAACUUUUUUCUGGGUUCCCAACACGAAAUUGUACACCCUCAAAGGUUUGGGCAACAGCACGCUAUGAACGGCUCAGCUUCUUUGGCCAUGAUUACCGUGAUUUUAAAACGGAUUCGUCUGAGAUCUGUCGAGAAACAUGCACAAAAGACCCAAACUGCCAUUUUUACACUUAUGUCCCACCUUCUAACCGUGAUAAAAGUGUCAGGCGUGGAUGUUAUUUGAAGCAUGUCAUGGCUCUCCCCAUACCUGAAAAGGUGAAGCACAGUCACGGCGUGAUCUCUGGCUUCUCUCUGAGGAACUGCAGUGAAUCUACUGCUCACCCUGCUUAGUGUUAUAAAGAGAGUAACAGUCUUGAGUCUAGGCCAAACUGGGGCCACAGAAGAAAAAAGCUUUAUGCCUAAUGCUUAAGAGUGAAAAUAAAUCUUUUAAAGUUUA